CUCAGUGAUGUGAUAGCCUUGCAAUGGCGAACGGCCACACUAUCACAACAUACGCCGCUAGGAUAAGGUAAUGGAGCGCGUUAUCCGGGCCAAGCGGGUAGUUUUUGGUGCAAAGGGAAGGUGUUUUACAUCUUAUAUCCCAAGUAUACUGAAACCUUAGGCGAGAAUUUACGUAUAAAGAGCACAGGUAGCUUCCGACAAGAUAUACAAUACACAGCAAGCACACCAGGAGGCUAGCCAGGAACUAAAGCUACCGUCUCAACAACUCCGAACACUGGUGUUCCCAAACUCUCAAGUCUUCGACAUGAUCAAACCGCUUCUUGUGGCUCUAGCUUUGCAAGCUGGGUCAAUUGCCGCUCAGUUCAUCGCCGACAUCCGCGCUGAUACCAACCGCGACGGCCGUGUGGACUUGAACGGAACAUCCGACUCUGCUGGGAAGUCAUUCUGGACUGCCACCCGCGGUGCGAUCUUUCUCCCUAAUGUUGGCGACAAGCACAUGCGAUGUGCCAUAGCCGAUCGCGUGGGGAACCCUUUAAGCAACGACGAACUGGCAUAUUGCAAUGAUGCGUCUGGCCAUCUCCUUCUCGCUCCUGAAUACCUUGCGCCUCUCUAUACAGUACCAUUGCAAGACAUCUCAGACAAUGCCACGGCCCAGGUUUAUGUCACUCCUCGCGCUGCCUAUGAGAGGACGCGUAUCUUUGCUCUCGAGGACACUGCCAAACCCAAUGCGACUGAAUCGUGGCGUCUCGUCGAUCGUCAGCUCUACUUCAAUGCCACACAGCUACGUGCAGGCCUCGUCCUUGGAAUUGAUGGCCGAGAGUUCGUCAAAGAUACGAAUGUCUGGAAUGGCCAUGUGACUGUUCACUUCGAUGUCACUGACGCCAUCUCAUAUUCGUCGGCUCCGAAGGUGGCCACAGAUGUCGUCGCCAUGAAGGUAGCGCCAGUCUUGACUCACCAUCCUUUGCAGCGAGUAGAGACUCUUGUGGCUACUGGAGCGAACGAGACUGAUCUUGUCCAAUUGGACUUUGUGUCUCAGAUUGAAGCCGCCCGCCGCGCAGUCGGACUCGAGAACCCUUUACUGCUAUUCAACCAAUCGUCGGAUAUCUGGGCCCAAGACAUCCUAGAGCCAGCAUAUGUAAGCAUGCCUGGACCUAACGGACCCAUUGCCCUUCGAGUCAUGCUACGUUCCGCGCAAUCGACGCGUACCGGCGGACGCCAAAUCUUCGAACAGUUGCGAGGCCCAGGUGUGGGCGCUUUCCAGCCAGGGAGUGCAACCGGAACUGGCUUUGGAUACGACACCAUCAACAGCUACGGAAAUCUAGAAACCAUUCCUCCUCAUCGGUCUAAACAUGGUGUGAACUAUCCAGCUGGGCGUACCAUCUUCGGCAAGCAUUGGGAGCAGCUGCCAUCACAGCCAGUUCGAGACCUCUUGUACGGUAACGAAGUACAGACGCCAUUGGUGCUUGAGACGGGUUGGCUGCUCGUCGGUCAUGUAGACGAAAUCGUUCAAUUCCUGCCUUAUGACAAUGAGCUCGGAUGGACAAUCGCUAUCGCGGAUACUAGAAUAGCUUUGGAUGUUCUGCAUGGUGUGCAUUCUACUGGUAACGGCAAUGUCACCGUCCUCAGUUUCAACACAUCAAGAGCCGAAGCCCUCAACGCUCAACCGCCCUCGCAAGCCGGGCUGACCAUGAGUGUCAAUGAGAUUCUGGCGAAUUCAACGUUCACCGAGAAUCAGGCCUACGCGCAAAGACAUCUCGACGCCAACUUAGACAUACUCCUCGCCGAGAUCCCUCUCAACCGCAGCGACGUGAUUUUCCUUCCCGCGCUAUUCGAAGAUCAAUCAGCCGGGCCGCAAUUCGUGAGACCUGAUGGUCUGCACGUUUACUGGUGGCCCGUGAAGGAGGGAGAGCGGCAGUUGGGCGCAUUCCUUCCGGCCGCCGUUAACGGUAUCAUCAUUGGCCACGAGUAUCUCUGCCCGGAGCCUUGGGGACCGAUGGUGAAUGGCCAGGAUGUAUUCAGGCCGUUGGUUGAGGCGGCUUAUGCUAGAGCGAACAUGAACGUUACGUAUAUUGACGAUUGGCUCAGUCACCACUCAAACGGGGGGGAGAUCCAUUGCGGGACUAACACGCUGCGGCAAACGGAUAUUCCUUGGUGGGGGUAGACCUGCACAGCCCCGACGGUUACUGUGAGCAAAGGUUUUCCCAGCUCUAGGUAGCUAAUCUCUAUAUAGACGUAGGAAACGCCUCUCUUGUUGGGAAAUAUCUUUCGGUUUCUAUUGUCUAAUCUGUAAAUUCUGUUAUAUCAGUAUUAGAACUAACUUAUUGAUGGAACGUAUCUUACAAUUAAG